AUGAGUCACCGUGGCUGUCUGUGGCCUCUGGUGGAGAACAAGGCGUCCCUGUCAGGCCUGGCAAUGGGCACGCUAGGGAGCGUGCUCGCCAUGCUGCUCACCUUCGCCACCACGCUGCUCAUCCCAGACGACCUGCUCAAACUUCGAGUCACCGUGGCAGUCUGCGGCGUGUGGUGGAUCGCGCUCUCUGCCUUCACCUUCGCUUGGCUGCACCCGCGCCCCGGUCCCCCCAUGCCCAAGACCGGAUUCUCCAUGCUCAACCGCUGGCGCCACCUCUUCGGUCUCUUCAAGGAGGCCUCCCGGUACCGCUACACGUUCAUCUUCCUCAUCUGCCUCGUUGCGUACGGGAGCGGAUUCACCACCAUGCUGCAGAUGGCAGUGCUGUUCGGGCAAAACGACCUCUGCCUGUCCGUAUCAUCCAUGGCUAUCAUUGCGCUUACCGUUGCUGUGGUGGCGAUUGCUGGCAUGCCGCUCGCGCUGCUCUUCCAGCGGAAAACCCACGCGACGAACAAGACCAUGGUCGUGAUUCUCCUCACGUGCCUAGUUCCCCUGCCCGUGUGGGGAUUCAUCGGGUAUUUCACCGCCGACGGGGGGUUCGGGCUGAAAUCCGCGUGGGAGAUUUACCUGUGUGCGGCGUGGCUGGGGUUCUUCCUGGGAGCUCUCACGUCAUACUCGCGCACGCUGUUCAUUGACUUCAUCCCCGUGGGCCGUGAGGGCGCAUUCUUCACGCUCUUCUUUAUCUGCGACCGCAUCAGCUCCUGCAUAGGCCCCUUCGUCAUUGCGGCCGUCACACAGGUGGGGGGUCAGCUCCGGCCUGUGUUUGGAUACGUUUUUAUUGUGCUGGUCAUCCCAGCUGUCUCCGUCCAAUUAUUCGUCAACUAUAACAAGGGGGUGGCAGAGGCUGGAAGGGCAACCAAGCAUCAAGAGAGAUUACAAGAGGAGAGUUUUCACUAA